UAUCCAUUACUUUUGUUUAUCCUUAUUUUAUUAAUUUGGUAUGAUGUUAAUUUCAACGUAAAAAUUGACACAAAAUCUCAAAUGUCAAUCUCAACAAGUCGAAGCUGAAACUCAAGUUUGUGAAAAAAGUGUGGUAAUACUAGGAAUUUGAACCAACAAAAACACGCAGGGAAAGGACAUCUAUGGCGAUUUGCAGGUUGAAAUCUUUGCUUACUCUUUCCAAAUGCAACUCUUCUGUGGCGAUUUGCAGGUUGAAAUCUUUGCUUACUCUUUCCAAAUGCAACUCUUCUUCAGUACGCACUUUCUCUUCGGCACAGGUUCCCCCUCAACACUUGCAGAAUGUUGGAUUCAUUGGGCUUGGAAAUAUGGGGUCCCGAAUGGCGAAUAAUCUGAUCAAAGCUGGAUUCAGACUUGCAGUUCAUGACCUAAACUCUGAUGUUCUCGAGAUGUUCUCUCAGAUGGGAGUUCCUACAAAGAAAACGCCUUAUGAGGUUUCAGAAGCAAGUGAUGUUGUAAUCACAAUGUUACCUUCCUCUGCUCAUGUGAUUGAUGUUUACACUGGACCAAAUGGUUUGCUUCAUGGUGGAAAACUCCUAAGGCCAUGGUUGUUGUUAGAUUCAUCCACUAUUGAUCCAGAAACAUCAAGAAACCUUUCUUCUACAGUAUCUAAUUAUAUUCUAAAAGAAAAGAAAGGUGAUUGGGAAAAACCUUUCAAGUUGGAUGCUCCUGUAUCUGGAAGUGUGACUGCAGCUGAAGCUGGGACACUUACUUUUAUGGUUGGUGGCUCUGAGGAAGCAUUUCUUGCUGCAAAACCCUUGCUCUUUUCAAUGGGUAGAAGUGCAAUCUAUUGUGGUGGAGCAGGAAGCGGUUCUGCAGCAAAAAUCUGCAAUAAUUUGGCUUUGGCUGUGAGCAUGCUGGGAAUAUCAGAAGCUCUUGCUCUAGGUCAAUCUCUAGGUGUUCCUGCCAGCACCUUGACAAAUAUAUUUAACUGUUCCAGUGCUCGCUGUUGGAGUAGUGAUGCUUACAACCCAGUUCCUGGGCUGAUGAAAGGGGUGCCCUCGUCUAGGGAUUAUAACGGAGGGUUUGCAUCCAAGCUUAUGGCUAAAGACUUGAACCUAGCAGUACAAUCAGCUAAAUUGGCUGGAUGUAAAUACCCACUAACAUCUCAAGCGCAAAAGAUAUAUACUGAACUCUGCAGCGGUGGUUAUGAAGCUAAAGACUUUUCAUGUGCUUUUCGUCAUUAUUACUCAGGAACGGACGAGCCUCUUGAUCAGUAAAUUAAGAUGUUGGUUGUAUACAUAAAACUGUUGUAAUACUAUGCCUAGUAUAAGGCAAUUGAGCUCAGUAAAGCUAUAGAAACAGUUGCAACAUAUUGUUUUCAAUCAGAAAAAAGCUGUGAAUCCGUAAGACGAACAAAUACUAAAGCACAAAUUCUAAAUGAGUAAAUGCAAUAUUGAAAACACAGUCAAGCACCAA